AUGAAAAGGCCCCGAGGCCGGUUGGCCAAUGUCUAUGAUGCCGUCGCGGGGCGUGUCACGCUGAAUGGGGCACUCAGUGACUCGGAGACUGCCGUGAGCAGAAGCAAGCGCCGUCUGAGCGUAACUUCUGGUCGCUACUCGUCGCGCAACCCGAAACUGGCCCCCGAGGAGGCUCUGUUUAAACGUAGGAAUGCCCCGGUCCGGUAUGCGGAGCAGGACAUCUAUUGGGCCAACGAGGAUCUCCCUGACGGUGGACGCGAUCAUCUCCCCGACACUAACCUGCUACGGUCUGUACACGGUUAUGCUAGCAAGUUCUACGACGCAACGGCCGAUCGCUUGGGCCCUCGCUGUGUCGUCGGGACGAGGACUAUUGACGAGAAGAGCAUGGAUGAAACCGCCUUGUUGGCGAUGGGCAUCUUGCUAGAGGAGGCCAGCCGCGAGGUUUUAGGCAAGCGGGGGGAUAUCGUGUUCACCGAGGCCUCGACAGAGCCUACGUUAGCGGUUAAGGCGGCGCCGGUUACCAGGUCACCCCGGCCGGUAUCUGAGGGUUCCCGGAGUGCCGACGAGAUCCCCAGGACUCAGAACCAUCGGAAGGCAAAACGAAGAAAGGUGGCGGAGGGAAACACUGCUGCGAACGAAACAACUUGA